CCUGCGCGACCUCGACCAAUAAGGAGUCAAUUGUUGAAUGGGCGCAAAAUCUGUUUGUCUCUUGUCUACACGCCUGCUGUAGACAGUAAACGUAACAGUACAUUUAAGCGAGAAAACGGUGUAGUUUUAAUGAACGAAUUACAACCAACCUGGAAGACAAACUCAGCGCGAGCGUGCUGCCACUUGUCUCACCCCGUGUCGCGAGCUAUGUUGAAGAAACUAGCUGCUGCUAUCUUGGUGAACUGAGCUCUGACUGCUGUGCCAGCUAACACUCGCUAGCUCAACAAUGUCUAGUCUUCCACAAAAUAACUUGGAGGAGCAGCUUGCGAGGCACAGCACUGCUGCUCAGAGCAAGCUGUCUAUGUCUAAACCAAAACCCGGGGCCUUCUCCUUCAAGAAGAAGUCUUCAUCAGGUACAACCAAGGUGGAAGUGCCAACUAAGGUAAUCAGCUCUAAUGUGUUGGCAAACAGAAAUGUCAAUGUACCUGAUAACAGUUUGGUGACUAAGUCUCCUUUGACAUUUUCAAAAAAGCUUGAGAGACCUCAAAAAUCCAAAAUCAACAGCUUCUUCCCUGUAAGUUCAAAAGGCAAGUCGGACUCCAUCAGCCCAACAGGCCAGACCUCUCCAGCUGGGUCUGCUUUUAAGGUGAUUACAGCUCCCACUAAAUCUGACAAUCAGACUUGUGGCAAUGGAGGAAUUCCCGCAGGUCUGGAUGUUUCUCUUGGAUUCCCGAUGGAUGACUGGGAUGAUUUGGAUGACUUCGAGACACCUGUCAAAGCAAAAAAUGACUCUUUUAGUUCAGAGAUGUCCGGGAAGAGCGCAAAUCCACCGUCCUCCCUAAGUGAGGAAAAAAGUUUAGCGAACAAGAAUGUUUUUUCCAGAAGUGAACAAACUCACAUAGAAACAGAUCAAAUGGAGCAGAGUUUGGACCAAACUGCAGCUUCACCAGGACCCGGAUCCCCAGAGACUGAAUACGAGGCCCCUCCGGUUAGAGUGACCAGAAGACCACCUCAGGCUCAUCGGAAGUCUGUGGUUAGUGACAAUGAAGAGGACAACCAGGAAGUGCUUGAGCCCUUUAAAGGAAUGUCAGGCGAUAACAACAAAUGGAUUGACCAUAAGGUAAUAAAGAUUAAUGACUCAGAGCCUGAAGAUGAUCUUGAUUAUAUUCCCCCGUCUCCUGAUGAGAUCUUUUAUUCUACCUCUGCAUUGGAGACCAGGUCUAAAUCAGCUGCUGCUGUAAGCAAAGACCGCCCUCUGCCAUCAAAGGGACCCAGCACAACACUACUUAAACCCUCCAACACCCACUCAAAGGACAAUACAAAUGAGCAACUCUUCAGUAUCAUGCAGUCCAUUUGUUCUCUGGUUGACACCAUCCCUGAUAAUGAACUAAUAGGUCUGUCCUGUGGAAGUGAGCUUCUGCUGAAGAGGGCUCAAAGGAAGAGGAUUAUUGUAAAUAGCGGUGGCAGUUCCUUGACGUUCCAGCAGCCUGACAGCACUGUGAUUUCUGAACCCAGCUUUAAAGGAAGAUUGUCUUUGAGCUGUGAGACGUCUAGCAUUAUGUCGUCCAGCAGCUCAGCGCCCGCGGACCCUCAGAUGCCUUCUCAGCUCAGGAGAUCCUCACUUAUCUCUGGGGACUAUGACUCUGAUCACUCUGACAGUAUUAUCAACCAGAAGGCCUUGCACAGUAAAAACAGCGGGACGAUAAAUGUGAAAAAUCAGAGUUUGUGUGACUCUCCCUCGACCUACAGCCUCGCAAGCCCAGCAUUUAAUUUCUCGAACAAAACGAGCACAGACCUGGAUGGUUCAGAUCUCUUCUUCUCUCCCAAAACCCCAGUUCAGAACAAACCUAAGACGCCAGCAGCCAGUACAGCUGCAGAAGACAUGGAGCACGAUGACUUCUACAAUGACUACUUUGACAUAGAUGAUUUUAACGAGUCAGAUAUCCCUGAUUACUUUGAAGAACCUCACAACUCCAGCUCUGUGACAGCAACAGGGAAAGAGGGGGGACCCAGCAAGUCUUCAUGGGACAACAAACCAACAACACCUGUUCCCACACCGAAGACUUCAAAGAUCUCCUCCCCUGAACCCACCUACAGAAACCCAGCCCAUGAUCGCUUCAGAGGGUUCAACUUCCCCCACUCACCGGAGAUGAUGAAGAUUUUUCACAAGCGCUUUGGUCUUCAUCAGUUCAGGUUCAAUCAGCUAGAAGCAAUUAAUGCGACAAUUCUCUCUGAAGACACGUUUGUUUUGAUGCCCACAGGUGGGGGUAAAAGCCUGUGCUACCAGCUGCCUGCCUGCGUGUUACCAGGAGUCACUGUGGUCAUCUCCCCUCUCAAAUCACUCAUUCUAGACCAGGUCCAGAAACUCACUACUCUUGAUAUCCCAGCAACAACCCUGACUGGUUCAAUAACUGACAGUGAAGCCGGAAGGAUUUAUAUGCAGCUCUCACGGAAAGACCCCAUCAUUAAACUUCUCUACGUCACCCCUGAGAAGUUGUGUGCAAGUAACAAGCUGAUCUCCGCCCUGCACAACCUGUACGAGCGAGGCCUUCUGGCCCGCUUUGUCAUAGACGAGGCCCACUGUGUCAGCCAGUGGGGUCACGAUUUUCGCCCGGACUACAAGAGGUUGCAUGAGUUGCGUCAGAAGUACCCAAAGGUCCCGAUGAUGGCGCUGACGGCCACUGCCACCCCCCGAGUGCAGAAAGACAUCCUCAACCAGCUGAACAUGACGCGGCCGCAGGUGUUCACCAUGAGUUUCAACAGAACAAACCUCAAGUACACUGUCCUUCCCAAGAAACCCAAAAAGGUUGGCGAGGAGUGCACCAUGUGGAUCAAGAAGAACUACCCACGAGACUCUGGCAUAGUGUACUGCCUUUCCCGUAAGGACUGUGAUGACAUGGCUCAGAGUCUGCAGAGAUCACACAUAUUAGCUCUGGCCUAUCACGCAGGCCUGGGAGACAGCGACAGAGAAUACGUGCAGUCCAAGUGGAUCAACCAGGACGGCUGCCAGGUCAUCUGUGCCACCAUAGCCUUUGGCAUGGGCAUUGACAAGCCUGACGUGCGCUAUGUGAUCCACGCCAGUCUGCCCAAGUCAGUGGAGGGUUACUACCAGGAGUCAGGGAGAGCGGGCAGAGACGGAGACAUCUCUCAUUGUAUUCUCUUCUACUCCUACUCCGACGUGCACCGCAUCAAGAGGAUUCUCACUAUGGACAAAGAAGGGGACAGACAGGCCAAGACGACUCAUAUGAACAACCUGCACAGCAUGGUGCACUUCUGUGAGAACAUGAUGGAGUGCAGGAGAAUUCAGCUGCUCGCAUACUUCGGGGAGCUGAAGUUCAACCGAAGCUUCUGUAAGGAGCACCCAGACGUCAGCUGUGACAACUGCGCCAAACCCAACCAAUACAAAGUGAGAAAUGUCUCUGAUGAUGUGAAGAAGAUCGUGAGGUUUGUCCAGGAGAACUGCGAGAAAGUCGGACAAAGGUUUGGCCGGACCGCUCAGCAGAACAGACUAACACUGAACAUGUUGGUGGACAUCUUUUUAGGGUCUAAAACUGCCAAGGUGCAGACGGGAAUGUUCGGGACAGGAGGAGCCUACUCCAGGCACAAUGCUGACCGACUCUUCAAGAAAAUGGUUCUGGACAACAUCCUGAUGGAGGAUCUGUACAUCACUCAAGGCGGCCAGGCUGUGGUGUAUAUCUCUGCCGGAGACAAAGCCAUGAACGUGCUGUCAGGAAACAUGCAGGUGGAGUUCUACGAGACGGAGAGUGCGUCGAGCAUCAGGAAACACAAAGCUGCUGUGUCUAAGGACGUCUCCCAGAGAGAGCAGAAGGUGCAGGAGUGUCUGAAGGAGCUGCUGGAUCUGUGCAAGCAGCUGGGGAAGGCCUUUGGCAUUCACUACUACAACAUCUUCUCCACCGCCACCUUGAAAAAGAUAUCUGAGAGGCUUUCUUCCAACCCUGAAGUCCUCCUACAAAUUGAUGGCGUGACGGAAGACAAACUGGAGAAGUACGGAGCCGAAGUCGUCCAGGUGCUACAGAAAUACUCUGAGUGGCAGCAGACGGAGGAACCGACUGACACGGCUGCAGACGGCUGGAUAGACACGGCGCAAGGCCGCUCAUACGGAGGGGACGAGGAGGACGCAGAGUCCUCCACCUACUUCGGCAGUCAGUCAGCUCAGGGGCAGAAGAGAAAGAAAGCGCCAUUCUUCAAAUAUGCUAAGAAGAAAGCUUAUGGCAACCCAAGUGCCGGCGCUAAAGGUCGUGGCAAUGACGGCAAUAAGGCGUGGUCAUCGUCGAACUCCAGAGGGGGUUAUAAAGCUGCUGCAGGCCGGGGGGGCAGAAGCUCUGCAGGAGCUGAAUCAGCAGGCCGGACCCCGGGGUUUAUGGCCGUCCCGACCCCUCAAGCCUACCAGAGACCCUUCCUGAAACCAGCCUUUUCACACCUGGGCUAGGCCCCUGGAUCUGACGCUUUGAAACCAGUUGUUGUCAGUAAUUGUUGUCAGGUAUUUACCUGUUAUUGAUAAUGCUAAGGUUGUAUAUGUAUGCUUUGUACAGUUGUUGUCAGUGUUUGUCCAGAUCUUUUAUUGACUUUUGUAAUUCUCAUUUUGACCUGUCCACUUUGAUGGAAAUCCUUCUUUUUUUUAAUUAAAGACUAAUUUAACACUU